CAAUGACGAGCCUCUAACACUAACCUUUGACAUUCACCUGUAGCUGCCUGUCCACCUGUUAUCCAUGGGAAGUUACGGGUGUCAACGUACAGUGACUAAGAGGAAGGACUUCUAGUGAGAAAUGAAAUGAGGCUUUACCCCCUACGAGUUGGAUGUUUGUUGGUGGUCGCGUGUUUCCUGUUUUGGAUAAAAUCAUUUCCGGAUGAUGGAGCUAUCUCCACAACUACAGAUCUGCAGAUACUGUACAAGAGACUGUCGGUGGCAGAAGAGCUGGGAGGAAAGGUCAGCAAGGAUCUCAGCAUCAUCCUUGAGCAGCUGGGGAACAUGACACGCGCUGCCAAUGUCAGCCACCUCUGGAGCAACAUGUCCAGCAGCAGCAGCAUUAUGGCAACAGUAAAACAUCCAAUGGAUGACCUGAGCAGACAGCCACUGCCUCAGGCCACUAUUCACUUCUACAUGCCCCACCUCAGGGAGCAUCCCAAUAGCCUGGUGCCUCAUGUGGUGCUGGGGAAGGGACGCAGCGGAGUGAGCAUGGUGCUGGGCAUUCCCACGGUGAAGCGUGAGAAACAGAGCUACCUGGUCAGCACCCUCAGCUCCCUACUGUCCGGCCUCAGCUCCUCAGAAAUGCAGGAUCUCCUCAUCAUCGUCUUUGUCGCUGAGGCGGAUCUACAGUAUGUGGAGGGCAUUGCACGCAGCCUGUUUGAGAAUUUUCCAAAGGAGGUGCAGUCCGGUUUGCUGGAGGUGGUUUCCCCGUCGCAGCAUUAUUACCCCGAUUUCAACAUCCUCAAAGAGACAUUUGGAGACUCCAAGGACAGAGUCAAAUGGCGAACUAAGCAGAAUUUGGACUACAGCUUCCUCAUGCUGUACGCACAGGACAAAGGAACGUACUAUGUUCAGUUGGAAGACGACGUUUUUGCAAAGAGCGGUUACUAUAGCGACAUGAAGGCAUUCGCCACACAGGCAUCUUCUAACGAAUGGCUCUACCUGGAAUUCUCCCAGCUUGGCUUUAUAGGUAAGAUGUUUAAGACCAGAGACCUCCCGUUGAUAGCCGAGUUCUUCCUCAUGUUCCACAAAGACAAGCCUAUCGACUGGUUGCUGGAUCACAUUCUGUGGGUGAAGGUUUGCAACCCAGAGAAAGAUAAUAAACACUGUGAUUUACAGAAGGCAAUGCUGAAGAGGAGAUAUAAACCCUCACUCUUCCAGCAUGUUGGCCUUCAUUCCUCUUUGCCUGGAAAACUGCAGCGUCUGAAGGAUAAGGACUUUGGGAAGCAGGGUUUGUUUCAGGUUCACAGUAACCCAGCUGCUGCGGUGAACACCAGCAUGAAGCACUACCAGCAGCACAGCCUGGAGCGGCUUUACAAAGGAGGUGACUUCAUGUGGGCUUUGACACCGGUCCAGGGCGACUACAUCCUCUUCAGCUUCCCUCAGCCCAUCCGCAUAGCUGGGUAUGUGUUUCGUUGUGGAAACAGCCAGACAGUGGGGGAUAAAUUCCACAACACCACAGUGGAAGUGCUCUCCAGCAAUACAACGGCUGCAGAGAAGCUCCUGGCUGGCUCACCAUCUAAAUACAAGCAAUCUGACAGCAGCUUCAUUGUUAUUGAUAAAUUUUACAACGGAGUGGCUGAAGGAGAAAUCGAUGAAGUUCUGCAGCCCAUCUCAGCUCUGCGCCUGGUGGUUCACUCCAACUCAGACGUCUGGGCUCUGCUGAGCGAGAUUCACAUCAAGGUAUGAAGACAAAGCGCGCCCUCUGCGGGACAAAGACUCUAACUACAGGGACAUUUUGAAGCCUGAUGAGCAGAUCACCUAUUGGUGAUCUGAGAGGAGCUUCAGACAGAAAUCUGACUCAUGUUGAGUAACCAUGGAGGAAGAAGCACUCCACCCACUGAUUGGUUUGCACAAACAUAACUUGUCACACAUGUUUUUGCACUUUGACAGAUUUUUAUUCUAAGAAAUAAAUAUGUUUGAAAUAUCAA